CCAAAUUUCAGUUAUGUCAGGUGAUAUAGUUCGGCCCAAUUCGAUCUCACAGUUAAUGCCAAAUAUGAAAAAUGUCAAUCUGACAUUUAUUGUUCUUGAUAUUGGUCAGUCACGACGCACGCCUCAGGGACAUGAUGUUCGGACUAUACGCGUUGCGGAUCCGACAGGUUCCGUUCUAAUGGGUGUAUGGAAUGAUGUUGGUGAUAAUAUUUCCGCUGGUGAUAUUUGGCGGCUAAGGAAUGGUUUUACGACAAUCUUUAAGGGUUCGUUGAGUUUAUCAUACGGUAAAAUGGGUGAAUUGUUAAAAACGGGUGAGUUUUUUAUGGUUUAUGCGGAGGUGCCAAAUAUGAGUGAAUAUAAUGCCGAGUAUGCGACGAAAUUUCCAUCAAAUCGGAAGGGUUCACCAGACGAUGAAACAACAGGCAAUGGCCAAGGAGGUAACGGUAAUGUACAACGGUCCCACUCAACAACUGGUAUCCAUCGACCAGUAAAACGACCAGCACCAUCCCAGGGCCAAUUCCGACGUGAUAGUAUUAGUAACAAAAACGCGAGAAAUUCUUGACUCCUUACUGUGACUUUAAGAUCUCAGAAGCACAAGGAACUUUAAUGGCUACAGAGGCAAAAAGUACCAACAGUUGGGAUGGAAACUUUUUUACAGCUAAUCUAAAACAGGUUUUUCGUUUUAGAAGUUCUGCUGACGGGUAAUUAGCCGACGCGUCGUAUAUCCUUCAUGAAAAUUUUUAUAAAUCUUUCAUGAAAUUAGU